AUGGAAGACCACAGCGGUGCCGUCUCUCUGUCGCCGCUUACUCCUCGGAGUGCGAUGAGUUCAGAACUUGAAUCCGAUGUCAGCUCUGAAGACGAAACGUUAGGACAUUCCGGUUCAGCCGAUUUUGCUGCUGUACAUCACGAAGAGCAUGAGGAACUUCCGCCGUACUCGCGCUCUCCCCCGAAUCAACUUGCGGGCAUAAGAGGUGGAGACAGCACGUAUCUUCGUCGCUCGGUCCUUGCGCUGGUUCUCACCGUCACCUACGCGGCGCUGGCGCUAUACUCCUGGGUGAUAUUUGUUCGCCUCUCGUUUCGUCCGAUCGACAAACACUCAUGGCAAGCAUACAUGGUUGACACUGACUAUUAUGAUAUGUACUACCGGGAGCCGAUGAGUUACGCGGUGGAUGCGCGGUUCUAUCGCUCUGCGCAGAUUAUACAGAGCGUUGUCAGUGUGCUUACGCUUCCGUUGACUGCAGCCGUGUGUGCUAGUGCCGCGGUUGUUUUUGUGCAGAACCAAAAGGACGGGAUGAGCAUGAGCAUGCGACAUGUUAUGGCCCUGGCCGAUAAUCGGUGGAUGGAUCUCUCUCUGGUGAAGGAUGUAUUCCAGGUUGGCUGGAAGCGAUGUGGUAGCACCCUGCUAAUUUUGGGCGUCUUCCUCCACUUCAUCGGCGCAAUUCUCUACCCAAUCCAGUCAAUAUUUCUGACAAGCAAGCCCAUUUACGUCCCUAACUCCGCCAGCCAGCCGUUUAUAGGGGGCGACAUUGGCGCAUCAGACUACGAAGGAAUUAACUCGCCGUUCUACGGCAUGGAUGUGGUUAUGGUUCGUGGUGCUCUCGAAACGGCAGAUCCUGGUGCAUUUUUCCCCCAGUUGUGGCAGAGAAAAGGUGGACAACAAUUCAACACUUUAAGCAGCUUUGCAGGUAUGGCCGACCCUUUCUAUUGCGAGGUGCCCACAGGUUUCAAUACGGGAGUUCUACGUCAGUUUGCUCCCCGGGUCAACUCCAGCACCACAUAUAGCAGUAUCAAAGCGGCCCAGUGGCCGGCCGAUUGCGACCUUAUCGACAACGCAUUCUUUGCCAACUACUCAUCCGUUAUUAAUGGAGAUGAAAGCUGGGCAAUCACCGCCUGUAUGCCGGCAGAUGUCACCCAGUCGCCCUGGAAGUCAACCCGAGACCGUCAAGAGUUCACCGAAACCUUGUAUCUCAAUAUAUCUGUUUCCGACAUAUACGAACGCCAAGACACACCCGCCGGAGGCGCACUGUUUCAAAUCAAUGUCACUACGACAGCAGGGUUUUUUGAGUUGCCCAAUUACAUGAACGACGAAAUGCCGGGCCCGUUGCUCGAGAGUGACCCCACGACUAGUCUCUGCGGCGCGGAUUGUUAUGCACAGCACAUUGGGAUUUAUGCAAAAAAGCGUGUCCGCCGCGCCAGCACCACAACCGGCAACGCUACAAACCCUCCAACCAACGGGCUCUCGACGAUAAACAAAGGCCCGCUGCUGACGACAGCGCAUGCCAUGUUCGGCCCGGGAUCUUUCAUCGAGACCUUUUCUGCCUAUUUCAGCGUCAUCGGGGGUAACAUCCCAAGCAGCGCAACCGGCGAACAUAGCUAUUACGGUUGCAUCGCACUCGCACCUGCCAUGAACCUUUUCAGCAAUUCUUCAGAUGACAACGAGUUUUGUAUCAACAUCGACUUCUCAGAUCCCAGUGAAAACAAUGCCCAUGGCAUUGUUGAAGACUGGAUCGCUACUAUAUACUUGAACCCUGGAAAUAUACCUAACGCCUUCACGUCCGCUGCCUUCCUCUCCAACAAAAAUCUCGUUGAAUCUAUGCAAGCCUCAUGGGCUAUUCACCAGGAUCUUGGGACCGAGAUGAAGAUCCCGGACAUCAGCCUCGGAGGCAUCGUCGCGGUCUCAGUUCUCAUGGGCCUGUACCUCCUCCCGCUAGUGGCGUUAGCACUCUACGCGAGCCUGUAUCCGCGUUGGACACGACGACUGGAUUCGUUCGCCAUGCUGCGGCUCGGCGCGUCGAUGGGCGAAGAAGUCUUCCCGAUGCUCGUUGCGUACGAUAAGAACGCUAUUAGAGAGCUUGACGAGAUCCCCGGUGUUGUUCGCGAAAUUGGCCAUGCUUCAGGGACCGAGAGCAGCCCUGUUGGAAGGAUUGGUCUUGGAGGAGGGAAACCGCUGCAAGGAUUGAGGAAAUAUCAGUGUUUUGAAGGAGAUAAUCAGUUUAUGAGCAUGGCAGAGCGUAUCCAAAGGCAUCAAAUGCAGCGGAGGGCUAAUGCAUAG